GUCACUUCCUCCCGGGCGGCAGAGGUUGGAUCUCCGCGGGCCGAGGGCGGGGAACGGAGGUGGCAGCUGAGCUAGGAGGUGACCCGGAGCUCGAACCCCGACCCAUCUCCGCGCCCCGGGCGGCGACCCCGAUCCUGCGGCGCCCCGAGGCGCGGAACCGGCCGGAUGGGCCGCUGAGCCCGAGGCGGGGAGCGUGUGGAGCCCCCUGGAGCUGAGAUCAGGAUGUUCCGCUUCAUGAGGGACGUGGAGCCCGAGGAUCCCAUGUUCCUGAUGGACCCCUUCGCCAUUCACCGUCAGCACAUGAGCCGCAUGCUGUCCGGCGGCUUUGGAUACAGUCCCUUCCUCAGCAUCACAGAUGGCAACAUGCCUGGGACCAGGCCUGCCAGCCGCAGGGUUCAGGCUGGGGCUGUCUCCCCCUUCGGGAUGCUAGGAAUGUCGGGUGGCUUCAUGGACAUGUUCGGAAUGAUGAACGACAUGAUUGGGAACAUGGAACACAUGACAGCGGGGGGAAACUGCCAGACCUUCUCGUCCUCCACUGUCAUCUCCUACUCCAACACGGGUGAUGGUGCCCCCAAAGUCUACCAGGAGACCUCGGAGAUGCGCUCUGCACCAGGCGGGAUCCGGGAGACUCGGAGGACUGUCCGGGACUCGGACAGUGGACUUGAGCAGAUGUCCAUUGGCCACCACAUCCGGGACAGGGCUCACAUCCUCCAACGCUCCCGAAACCACCGCACAGGGGACCAGGAGGAGCGGCAGGACUACAUCAACCUGGACGAGAGUGAGGCAGCCGCAUUUGAUGACGAGUGGCGGAGGGAGACCUCCCGGUUCCGGCAGCAGCGCCCUCUGGAAUUCCGGCGGCACGAGGCUUCUGCGGCCGGGGGCCGGAGGGCUGAGGGGCCCCCCCGCCUGGCCAUCCAGGGCCCCGAGGACUCCCCCUCCCGACAGUCCCGCCGCUAUGACUGGUGAAGGCCCAGGCCUGGCCUUGGGCUCUCCUGUAAAGGCUGAGAGGCUGAGAAGUCGUCCCUGAAAUAACUUUCUCCUCUCCAACUCCCACCCCUGUUUAAUAUUAAAAUAACAGGCAGGCUGCCCCCGCCUCUUCCUGGGGGCCUCAGGGAGAGCCUGUCACUGCCCCGCCUCCGUUCUGGUCUCCAGGCCCCUCCCGCCAAGUCCUGUGUCCGCUAACUUGUUUUCUCACCUUGCUGCUCCAUCUCCAAACCUCGCUGCCCCAUCGAACCCUGCCACACACUGAAGGGUCCUCAGGUGUAGGGGUCCUCCCUUUCCUCAGCUGCCCGAGGUGUGAGGCAGCAUCCUGGUCCCCAACUCUCCACCCACCCACACAUCACCGAACUCCCCCGCCCUCCUCCUUUCCCUUAUUUUUUGAUUUGUGCAACUUGUAACUAGGUGUUUAUGGAAUAAAGGAGAAUGGAAAAAGACUGA